ACAAUGAGAGUAGAAGAAGUGUAUAUACGGCAGCGGCAGCGGCAGCAGCAGCAGCAGCAGCAGGCAGUGAGAGCGGCCGGCGCUGGACAGACGGGGAUGGGGAGUCCCCUCAACGCUGCUCCCGGUGCAGCUCGCCGCUCCUGGUGGGGAUAGCUAUGCAAGACAACGGACCGCUGCACUCUUCCGUUCUAUAUUUCCUAACCGGCUAGAUAGUCUUUCCAUCUCUAACUUGUCUUUUCAUGUGUAUUAAAUGCCUCGGAUUGCUUCACAGAUGAAUUCAACCAGUGUUCUGAAUUUUUUCCCACAUAAGCCAACGAUGGCACUGGACAUAGCCAUGAAGUUUUACCUGCAUUCACAAGCCCUGAAACGAGAUCACUUGGAGUGCAGGAUUGCUUCGAAGACCAACAAGCCGCUGAGACCAUGCAUCCAGCCAAAUGACAAAACCUUGCUAACUGAGAUUAACCACAAAAAGAAUAAAGUGAAAAAACGAGUUUCCUUUGCAGAUAGUCAAGGUCUAGCUCUUACUAUGGUAAAAGUGUUUUCAGAACUGGAUGACCCCCUUGAAAUUCCAUUCAACAUUACGGAGUUGAUAGACAACAUAGUUAACCUUACUACGUUAGAGAAAGUACAUCUGGUUUUGGACUUUGUCCAACCUGCUGCAGAUUAUUUGGAUUUCAGGAACCGCUUACAGGCAGACGGGGUCUGUCUUGAAAAUUGUAUGCUCAAAGAGCGGUCUCUAGUUGGCACUGUAAAGGUCAAGAAUCUGUCCUUCCAGAAAAGUGUGAAGAUAAGAAUGACUUGCAAUUCCUGGCAAACUUUUACGGACUAUGAAUGCCAGUAUGUGAAAGACACUUAUGCUGGGUCUGAUAGGGACACUUUCUCUUUUGACAUUAUUCUACCAGAUGACAUUCAGUUCCAAGAGAGGAUAGAAUUUGCUGUUUCUUUUGAAUGUGACGGGAAAACCUACUGGGACAGUAAUAAAGGACAAAACUAUAGAAUAAUUCGGUCUGAUUUUCGGAGCCAUCACUGCAAACCUGACUAUAGCCUUUCUCUUGACCAGUUUGGGAGUCCCAGGUGCUCCUUUGGUAUAUUUCCAGAGUGGUCCAGCUACUCAGGGUUUGAAAAACAGGGACCAUACUACUAAUGUACCCUUAACAUAGAAAAACUGAACUCUAGGCAGUGGCGGUGCCAACCCCAACGGUUUGGGCUGUGAAAGUGUCCUUGUUGGGACUGACAGGUGUUGUAUGGCUUUCAGAACCUACAAAUCAUUUUAUGAUCCAGUGUAUUGAUGACAGUGGUAUCCUUAUGCAAGUCCAAAGUAGUACCUUUUGUUUUUGUUUUGUUUUUCCCUCAAAGUUUUGGUAUAGAAGUUGGGGAGAUGCUGCUAAUUUGUUUUUCCUAAUGCUGCUACACUUGUACUCCUAGAAGCUAAACACACCCUUUUCAUGACUCUUUAACUUCCACUGGAAUGUCUGAUGGAUAUUGGUGCACUAAGGGUGGCUUGCUCUAGCUUAGUUUCUAUGUAGGUAAUGACAACUAUAUGCAAGUCUUUUAUACGUUAUCCUUCCAAUUCUUCUCAGGUAAAGUGUUUUUAUUAAAGCUUGUUUUUAAUCUAUGCACUGCCCCAUCUUAUGCACAUACACCACACGUUGAGUAGAUGAGUGAUGCUGGCACAAUAAUCCUAUACACUUAGGUUUAUGUUUGUUUCAAUGGAUUUAGUGUAGGGUCCUUAUUUGGACUUACUGAAAAAUGUCUAUAGAAUGUGGUGGUAAUUCACCCCCCCCCACCUUGUUGAUUUAUUGUCUUAUGUUGCACAUGAAUGCUAGCCUUUGUCUGGCCACUUGGAUGCAGCAACUGUGCCUUUUAAUUGUACAUGGUAAACAUUUCACUACUCACAUCAGUUCUUCUGUGUUUUUUGUUGAUCUUGCAUAGGGCUUCCUGUACGUAAUUCUCUCCUAGAGAAAUAGUUUGUAUUUUAUUUGGUGGAUGCUGGUAUCCACACAAUUUAAAACUUGGUGAUAUAAACACUAUUAAUGCAUAAAAACUGCUGUUCCGCCAUUUAGUUUAGUAAAAGUUAGACAUGUGCAAUUUCUUUUGACCAUUGUCGUGCUUACUAAAUCUGGAAGAUGAUUACAGUGGUAGGACUUGUUAAGAUUUGUUUAUGUUGUAAUUGUUCUAAAUAUAAAGAAACAAAAAAUGCAAGAAUACCCUUUAGCGGGUCAAGUAGCUUAUUGCAUAAAAUCCAGAGAACUUGCUAUUUUGCUUCAACAAAAACCCCUGCGGCCCCCACCCCCCCACGGGCUAGAGAUCUAAAACAGGAAUUACUUUGUUUUGGCAUUUUUAAGGUUGCCUAUUUCUUGCAACAAGCUUUUUUUAAGUGUGUUCUCAAUAUACAUUAUUCACAAAACUUUUUUUUUAUAAUGAACACACAGUUUGUUACAUUUUUGGAGACCUGUAUAAAAAAUGUUUUCAGAAGAAACUUUGCUCUACAGUAUCAAUGUGGGUAUGGCAAACUUGUUCAUUUUUAUUUUUUUUCUUUAACAUACCUCGACCGUAGAUCUUCAAUUUAUGGCCCUCCAGCUUCUGCGGAACUACACAUCCCUGCAUGCCCUGCUUUUGUUAAGGCAUGCUAAAAGGGAGGCAGUGCAUGCUGGGAUGUGUAGUUGGUCUACAGCAGCUGGAGGGCUGCAGAUUGAAGACCUAUGCUUCUCUUGCAUCAUUUGCAUGAUAUGUUUUCGAGCGCAGCAGGGCUUAGCUGACUUAGCCUUUCUCCAGAAUAGGAAUUUGUGAGGAUGUCUAAUCCUGUGGCUGUAUGCAAAGAUGUGUGAUUCUGUUUUGUAACUAGAAGUGCCUUGUACAAUUGUGGUUUCUUUUUAUAUUCGGCAUGUGGUUGUUUUUUGUUUUGUUUUUUUCUUUAAAGAAAAUAAUUGUACACAAGUCAUUGGGGACAAAAAUAUGCACUUUAUAAUCACGAGUGAAAUUUAGAUUGGUCUUUUUAUAGAAGUUUUUAAAGUGAAAUGUAAUAAUAAAGGUGAAGCAUUUGAAGAAA